CACUGAAUCUGAGACGAACAGUGGGGAGGUCAGGUAUAAAUCUUCAGCUAAACCUUUGACACUUUUUUCACCUCUGCACUUUGGAUUUUCCCUUAGUCAUCAUAGUCACUUUUAAAGCAGACAAAGAAAACAAAGAAACCAGUCACAUAAAGGCUUUUCCCACCACCAAACUGACAUCUUCUAGUUUGUUGUGUAGAAACAUGUAACAAAAAUAAUCUGAACUGAAACUAAUUCCUGAAGGUUAAUCUUAGACAGUUACAAGUAUAGAACUGACCUCACAUGAGUGAAUUUCAUGAUGAUUUAUUUACACUUUACUUGACUCCACUAAAAUAUCAAAUUCAGUUUUAAUUAUUAAUUCUGAUCAUACCGGUAAUUGUAUUCUCUGCUGUCUGUUAUCUGCCAGUGACAGAUCUCCAGCAAAACAAUCUUCUGACCAAGUAGGUGUUGCACUCAUAAUGUUCAAUGGCCUGAAUGAUGAAAAAGCCAAAUCUCAUCAGACCAGCCAUCCACAGCCACAAGCAGAAGUUUCAUCUUCCAAUCAGCACUGGUCAGAGAGGAACUCUACAAUCCAAAACCAUGUUUCCAAUCCUAACAACCUCUUAAAGACCCCAAAUCAAGAGACUGAUGUAGCAUCUACAACACACUUGGGCCUAGUUUCCAUCCCAGUGUUGUAUUCAAAUUCUGUUGACAUGUUGUGUCCAAUACACCCACCAUCUAACUUAAACUAUCCAUUAACUCACAUGCUGGUACCUACAACAUAUAAUGCUUCAACAAUAAACCAAGUGGCAUCAUCUUACACUUAUAAUUAUAGCCUGUCAGAUGCACAAAAGCCAAAAGACCAAUUCCUUGAUACAGUAUUUUUGCCAGCCUGCAUGCCCCAUUCUUUGCUUGAGCCAAAUCCUGGAGAUACCCAGGUUCCAGCAUCCUGUUUGCCGGUUUUUAGCAUUUUACCUGCCCAAACUGCACUACUAAACUCCUCAUAUGGCAGCAGUUUAGUUCAAAACCAGCCAUCAGAGACUUUUUCUGAUCCAGCUCCUGACCAUAGACCAUCUGCUUCAGAUAAUACUCUCAGUGCUCCACCAAGUGUUCAGCUGCUCACUGGUAAAAGCAGUUCCCCUUUGGCACCACUAGAGGACGACACCAACUCAGAAAAUGUUGAGUUCAGUAACUGUCUGACUGGACAUGAUGGAAUUGACCAUAGAAUAAAUAACUCCUCUCCUGAGUGUCGAAAGACAGAGCAGUUUGAAAUUUCACCUCAGCACAGUUCUCAAGCCCAGCUCAACACUUGUCUCUCACAUAUAUCAGCGCGUCAUCCUGUUCACUCUACCAAACCUGUCAGCAGAGUGCUUCUGUCAAACCCUCUGGACUUCCUGCCCAGAGCAGCCCCUUGCCCCCCUCCCCUCACCUCCAGCGCCCCCAGACAGCCUGAACAUUCACAACACAUGUGCAAUGCGUGUUGUAAUCCAGUGCAUGAAAGAAAUGCGUAUCAAAGCAAUCGUUGGCCUCCUGAGAAGCAGGCAGUGUCUCAGUCCUUACUGGAUGCUCUGCUCAUCUCUCCUGUCAAACAAGCGUCACUGCAGUGCUUGAAGAAGAAGAAGAAGAAACAGCAUAGUGUCAGUGAGCUGCAACUGCCAAAGAACAAACGGGUGUCUUGGCAUCAAUCUGCCACAGAAGAAGGGGACCUUUUCUUAUCCUCUCCUGUCAAUGCUGUCUAUAUCUUUAGUGAUGAGAGUGAGGAACCUCUACUCAACACCCACGAGUCUGCAGUUGUCAAGACUAUGACCAAAGGACCUGCUACAGCUCAAGGUCGUCAUCCUCAGACCGGUUUAAUCACUCCCUCUUUUGGUAUGAAGGGUAAUGGCAGCGCCAGCGUCCCACUGGGUCCCACCCCAGCUCGACCUGUCCCUCAGCCCCACCCUAAAGAUGAAGACACCCUGGUCCAGAUGGCAGAACAUAUUCCUGCUGGGACUCGUACACCGAUGUGUGCCCACUGCAACAUGGUCAUCAGAGGGCCGUUUUUGGUAGCGAUGGGAAAAUCGUGGCAUAAGGAGGAAUUUAACUGCGCUCACUGCCGCACAUCGCUAGCAGAUGUUGGCUUUGUGGAGGAACAAGGAUCUGUCCACUGUGAACACUGCUACGAAGAGUUCUUCGCUCCAACGUGCAGCCGCUGCCAGACCAAGAUACUGGGGGAGGUGAUAAAUGCCCUCAAACAGACGUGGCAUGUCUACUGCUUCCUGUGUGCUCGCUGUCAGCAGCCAAUCAGAAACAAUACCUUCCACCUGGAGGAUGGAGAACCAUACUGUGAACGAGACUUUUACAGUUUGUUUGGGACUGGCUGCCAUGGCUGUGAGUUCCCCAUCGAGGCUGGAGACAAAUUCCUGGAGGCCCUUGGUUACACCUGGCACGACACCUGCUUUGUUUGUGCUGUGUGCUGUACCACGCUGGAAGGCCAGACAUUCUUCUCCAAGAAGGACAAACCUCUUUGCAAGAAACAUGCCCACACGCUGAAGAUAUGAAGCUUGGACUCUUCUCAUGCUUUAUUAGCCAUAUGCUCUCUCUUGAAAGGGACUCUUCCUGAAAUAAUAGUUAGUUCGUGCAACAAUACAACUCCAGCAAUUCUUAUUGUUACAUAGUGGUGGUUCCUCCUGAGAAAAGAAGCGAUAAAUCUUGCAGUUAAGAGUGAUAGUUCUCAGUUUUGAUCAGUUUAUUUGGAUUUUAUGUCCUCAUGCAUCAAACAUAAGACACUUUUACGGCCAAAUGGUGCAGUAUAUCUGUACUACCAGCGUUUUCUAUAUACACAGGACUGUCAUGAUGAUCUUUAUUUCUUCAUCCGGAAUUUAAUAUUAAGCUUCUAAAAAGCAUGUGUGGUGAGUCUGUCACAUUCUCUGGUCUACCCUGUUAAAUUACACGCACCAUUACUCAUGACUAAUUAUCAUUAGACAAUCCCAGAGAUGUGUGAAAAUAUAUAUUCAUACUCAUACUAUAUAAAUGCAAUGGGAGAGGAGGAUAUUUGUAAAUACUCUAAUAAGUGGGCGUUUAUAUUUGUUAGUGUUAAUGUGUGGUAAUCUGACCAGACACUUUCAGGAGUUCUAAAGAAUAUUGAUUUUCCUGUGCCAGACUUCGUUAUACUUUAUUGUUGCAUUCUUUGUUGUCCAUAUAUGCCAAAAAUCAUUUCACAAUCUGCUAUUAAAAUAUCACAACAUGCAUUAAAAAAAUGCAAAAUACACCUGUAUUACAUUCAUGAAUAUAGGUUGGGCUGAAUGUAUGUGGUAAUAACUGAAGCUGCUUCUGAUAUGAUUAGUUGAACUUUUUAAAUUUUUUUUUAAAAAGAAUUUCAUUUUAAUUUUAAAUGAAUUUUCUUUUCUUUGGCUUUUGCUGUGUGAAGUUGGUUACAUCUGACAAAAUACACUGACAUUUACAUAUAUGAAUUUAAAACAGUAAGGCACUUGAGAAAAAUAGACAACAGAAAGUGGUCUUUAGUACUAGGCCCGUAAUGUAAUAAUAAUAAUAAUAAUAAUAAUAAUAAUAAUAAUAAUAAUAAUAAUAAUAAUAAUAAUAAUAAUAAUAAUAAUAAUAAUAAUACAUAAAAUCAAUUUAACAAUUUAUAUAUACAGCAUAUCACUGCAUAGCACUGGUGGAAAUCUAUUUUCAGUAUUUAGUUCCAUAUAGUUUAAUAAAUCGAAUUUCUAUUUUUAUUUAUUUUACCUCAAACACAAUUUUUUUUUUUUUUUUUUUUUUUAAAUAGAUUUUUGCUUUAAUGUCUGGUUGAUUCAGUCCUCCAAGUGCAUCAUUUAAGUGUGUCUGGCCUACAGGGAAAUAAUUUGUGUAGUAAACUAUAUUUUAUUUUGUUUAGAGGAAGGAGGAAUAUGAUUUGAUGAUAUGUAUUUAAUUAUUAGUAUUUUGGUAACUGGGCUUGUAAUUUUUAAGGGUUGGAUGGAAGGUAAUUUCUUCUUCUUUCUUUUUUUUGUAUCUCACUCGACUGUCCACAAUUUGGUGAUAUUUACUUUUCAUUAUUUCUAAUGGAUACAUAUGGUCUUUUAAUAUGUUCUCCAAACUCUAACACAAAGGGCAAUAAAGCUCACUCUUACAUCAUUUUCUCAUAAUUAUCAUGGAAAUAGCUGUGUUUCUAUAGUUUGGGAUAAAAGGGGGUAAGUAUAGAGUAAAAUGGUAAACAAACAUGGUAAUUAAUGUUUAAUUUUCACUACAAAACUCCAGUUGGAACUGUUAAAAUUUACCUGAGUUGUUUAAUAAAUAUUGUGCUUUUAAACCCCCCAAGAGAAA